AUGACUUCCGCCCGUCCCUUUACGGGAAUCAUUUCUUUGGUCUUAAUCGGUGCCUCGAUUAUGUUCAUGUUCUUCGUGAUACUAGGUGGCAUUACACAAACGACUCCUCUAGACAAGACACACUUCCUCAGAGCCGACACUUCAAGUAUUGCUGGAGCCAGACCAGUUUCACAAUGGAAUUAUUUUAGAGUCUGCGGAGAGGGAAAUACCGAUUGUGGAAGCUCUGUACCAGAUCUUCCUUUCGGUUACGCAUGGGUUGGAGGUGGUGAUGGUGCUCCUUCUAGUCUUCUCGGUUCGCACGCAAAAAAUACGACUAGCUCCUCUUACUACUAUAUGUGGAGAUUUGGAUGGGUGUUUUAUCUUAUGGGACUUUUUUUCACCGUCUUUGCAUUCUUCACUUCAAUAUUGGCUCUGUGCAGUACACUUGGAUCGUUUAUAGGAGCUUGGUUGACAAUGGUUGGUCUAUUCUUCUUUAGCAUUGCCGCUUCAUUAAUGACUGCCGAAUUCGUAAAAGCCCGUAACAGAUUCCGCGAGGCCGGUAUAAAUGCCAGCUUAGGACGAUAUGCAUUCGGCUUUACCUGGGCAGCAUGGGCUUGCUUAGCUCUCGCCACAAUUUUACUCUGCAUCGGAGGAGCUACAGAUUCAAGUCGUAGAGCGAGUCGUAGAGCAAGCAGAGGAUCUUUUGUUCCUGCUGCUCCUGUUACAAGUGCAGGUACAGAUACGGCUACGGAAGAUGGUGGUAGAUUUACAUUCUAUCGCAAGCAACGCGAAAGACGCGCUGCUCGUGAGGCACCUGGUAGCUCUUUCGAAAGAAAUGAGAGUCAGCGUCGUGUCAAGGAUGAAUAUGCUUAA